UUAUCAGAAAUCAAUCCGUCUGGUCAUAGAUUAGGGCCCAUUUCGACUAGAAUGUUUAAUGCCGAGCAAAAUAGUCAACUCGAAGAUAUCCAUGAAGAAAAAAAUAUAAUGAGCUUUAAGACCGAAGAUGGAAGAUUAGGAAAAGCGGCUAUUGACAACGCCAAGGAUGUAUUUCGCAACAUGAAAUCCAUUUUUCUAUCAAUUUUAGAAGUAACCUCGGAAGAAUUUGACGAAAUUAUCGAUACAUUUGAAAAAGAGUUAGAAGAUAAUAACAGUUAUCUCGAUGUUAUUCGUGCUUAUGGAC